CUCCUGCUUUAAGCAGCGCAUUCUUUGCUCAGCAAAUUUGUUUGUUUUAGGCACUUUGUCCCAAGUAUUUUAUGAGUGUUGGUCUUUCUGCAAUUGCAUGAAUUCCACUCUACGCGAUGGACGCCCGCGAUUGAUCACGCGCCAUUUCUGAUGUCUGACUUGAUUGCAUGCAAUUCAUUGAUCAGGACAAAAGUUCAUUUGACGCGUACGUGCACGCGUUUAGUACAUAGCACCACACUUUUGCUGUUGUUCCGGGACAAAGAAAAGAGAGAUUCCCAUGGAAAGCUUGCAAAGCUAAAGUUCUACCAUCAACUUUGAUCACCUUUACGCAAUCCCCAAAAAUGAACGAAGAAGACAUUAAUGCCGUAAAGGUAACCAAUGAAGAAUACAAGAUCUGGAAAAAGAAUGCAGGAUUCUUGUACGAUCUAGUGGUCACACAUGCGUUGGAAUGGCCAACAUUAACAGUUCAAUGGUUUCCAGAUCGUGAAAGUCCAGCAGGGAAGAAUUAUGAUCAACAUCGGCUACUAUUGGGAACGCAUACAUCAGGUCAAGAUCAAAAUUACGUUCAAAUUGCCAAUGUUCAGCUACCGACAACAGCCUCUGAUGGCAAGGAAGCACCAUUAGACACGACAAAAUAUGAUGAAGACAAAGGAGAGAUUGGGUCCUACGGAGGCUUCACACCAAGGGUAUCGGUCAAUCAAAAAAUCAAUCAUGAGGGAGAGGUCAACAGAGCUCGGUAUUGUCCACAAAAUCCCGAUUUGAUUGCUACCCGAACAGUCGCAGGACCUACAUACAUCUUUGAUCGAACAAAGCACAGCCUACAGCCAAGUGCCGAUGGUAAAUGCAAACCAGACAUUGUGUUGAACGGGCAAGAGAGUGAAGGCUAUGGAUUAUCGUGGAAUCCUCUAAAGCAAGGACAUAUACUCGCAUCCUCUGAAGAUGAGACUGUAUGCCAUUGGGAUAUCCAAUCGUACAAGAAGGGAGAGUUGAAUUUGGAUCCUAUCACUACCUAUCGUGGACACUCUGCCGUUGUGGGUGAUGUUGCAUGGCAUAAUUUGCAUGAUUCAAUCUUUGCUAGCGUUGGCGAUGAUCGAUUGAUGUUGAUUUGGGAUACAAGAGAGAAAUCAUCCAGUCCAAAGAACAAAGUGGAAGAUGCUCAUUCAGCUGAGAUUAAUUCUGUCGUUUUCAGUCCAGCGAACGAGUACAUUCUUUGUACAGGAUCAAGUGACAAGACUGUCGCACUUUGGGAUAUGCGUAAUACCAAAUCAAGACUACAUUCCUUGGAAGCACAUACGGAUGAAGUCUUGCAAUUGGCAUGGUCACCGCAUCAUGAAACAAUUCUGGCAAGUGCAGCAGCUGAUCGCAGAGUCAUGAUUUGGGAUCUUUCCCGAAUCGGUGAAGAACAGACGCCGGAUGAAGUGGAAGAUGGACCUGCAGAGCUGUUAUUCGUUCAUGGUGGACACACCGCACGUCCUUCUGAUAUUUGUUGGUCACCUCAAGAAGAGUGGACGAUGGCUACUGUUGCCGAAGAUAAUGUUUUGCAGAUCUUCAAGCCAAGCGCAACAGCUUUGGGUGACGAUGGUGGUGAUGUACCAGAAGAUCAAUUAGAGUGAAGGGUAAAACCCAUGUAAAACAAAUGACUAUAUAUAUAAUGUUGUGCAGCAAGUUCAAUACGAUUUGUAUCUCUACAGUAAGGAUGUGAAUUAGGAUUCAAAGAGAAUGAUGCAAUCGAUGUGACAUUAGGAU